AUGAAGCAAGUAGCAGUUCACACUAAGGCUGAGUACUUCAACUCCAAGCGUGCCGCAGCCACUUCUGCACGCAACAUGUUUGGUGAUCCUCCACCUGCUUUAGUACCCACCCCAGCCCCGCCUCAGCAUUCUUCUCCUACCCCAAGUACCCAGGGUACCCCGCACCCAAAACGAAAGGAUGGCUACCAGCAUACCUUCAGCAGUAGCAAGCGUGGUAGACAUAGCAACCACCACCAGUCCAGUGGAAGCAACCCUCCCAGGACAAGUGAUCGGGCUCUACUCCCCUUCACACCUAAGCCUAGGUUCGAGGUCUUCACCACCCUCAACACCACCUAUGAGAAUGUUCUGGUGCACGAGGCACCAAUGAUACCCAAGUGUCCCUUUAGGAGACCGUCCAGCAAGCCUAUGCCAAACGCGGGUGUCUUCUGUCGCUUUCAUCAGUUCAGUGGCCACGAUACCGAAUCUUGUGUUGACUUGCACAACAUCAUUGAGGGACUUAUCCGUGAAUGGGAAGCUGAACAAAUAUGUGCACAACCUCCCACCCCCACCUAG